GAUUCCUUCGCUGUGUGUAUUUCUCGCUGUCAGUUUGCAGUUGGUAUCAGUAACAGCAGUUGUUCACUUUUGUUAAAUUGGCUGUUUGUCGAAUAUGCCAGAAAACGGUCACCAAAAUGUUACCAUGGUAACGUGUACGGCGCCGGUUAACAUCGCUGUCAUCAAAUACUGGGGGAAACGAGAUGAAGAUCUUAUUCUGCCAGUCAAUUCCUCCCUGAGUGUGACUCUUCAUCAGGACCAGCUCAAAACGACCACAACAGUGGCCGGCAGCAGCAGUUUCCAGGAGGAUCGGAUGUGGCUGAACGGUAAAGAAGAGGACAUGAAGCACCCCAGACUGCAGUCAUGUCUGCGAGAGAUUCGGAGGUUAGCGCGCAAGAGACGUAAUACAGGUGAUCCAGCUUCUGAUGUCAUCAGUGUGUCCCACAAGCUACACAUCUGCUCCGUGAAUAACUUCCCCACGGCUGCGGGCCUCGCCUCCUCUGCAGCUGGAUAUGCCUGUCUGGUGUACACGCUGUCGCAGUUGUUCGGUGUAGACAGCAAUCUGUCUGUGGUGGCGCGGCAGGGAUCUGGCAGCGCAUGCAGGAGUCUGUAUGGUGGAUUUGUUCAGUGGAAGAUGGGUGAACGGUCAGAUGGUGAAGACAGUGUCGCUGAACAGGUGGAAUCUGAAUCACACUGGCCGCAGAUCAGAGUGCUCAUACUAGUGGUGAGUGCUGAGCAGAAGUCUGUUGGCAGCACGUCUGGAAUGCGCACAAGUGUGGAGACAAGUCCACUUCUCAAGUACCGGGCAGACGCUGUGGUGCCGUGUCGUAUGGAAGAGAUGAUCAUGGCUAUUCGACAGCGGGACUUUGCAGCAUUCGCUGAGCUCACCAUGAAAGACAGUAACCAGUUUCAUGCCACCUGUCUGGACACCUACCCGCCCAUCUUUUACCUGAAUGACAUCUCGCACAGCAUCAUUAACCUCGUGCACCACUACAACCAGCACUACAGAGAGACCCGAGUGGCUUACACCUUUGAUGCAGGUCCUAAUGCAGUUAUAUACACCUUACAAGAGCACCUGCCAGAGUUUGUUGAGCUGCUCCAUCAUUUCUUUCCCCCACAAACCAACAGAGGAGAGUUUGUGAAGGGUCUUCCUGUGUGUUCGGCCUCUCUCUCUGAAGAGCUGAAGCGAGAUAUUAAAAUGGAGCCCAAACCCAACAGCAUCCGCUAUAUCAUCAGCACUAAGGCUGGUCCUGGACCGUGUGUGCUGGAGGAUCCAAACCUUCAUCUGUUGGCUGCUGACGGGAUGCCCAAGAACACAGCCUGAAAAAAAACAGCAGUUACACACCAACCAAAUCCAUACAGAAAAGGAUUAUUUUGCAUAACAAAAGAUACUCAGUGUCCUAUAAAAAGUUAUUUACUGUUAUUAAAAUAAAAAAAUUUAAUGGUGCAA